AUGGAUAGAAGUGUAGAUUCCAUCGGUAGUUGCUCGCUCGAUGUAGAUGCCGAUUCGACUGAUUUUUCAGACACCUCCGGGGAGCUCAAUUUUCUAACGCCUAUUUCCGGCAAGGACAUAACGCGCGAAUUCACGGCCGGCAUCAAGGAGCGCUGCAUGCUACCUGUGAUCAACUGUCAGGCAGUCACAAGCGUACUGGAUCCGGUAACCGGACACAUCAGCACCGUCCUAACGACGACCGCUACGGCCAACCCACAGGCACCAUCCUCCCAGACGUCUUUGCUACAGCCUCUGCUCGGCGGUGGCGACGGAUCGUCUCCUACGGCCACUAGCAAAAAACCGAGCUACCUUAAUUUGGCCUGCUGCGUGAAUGGAUACUCGAACCUGACGACGUACGAUUCGAAGCUUCGCCAGGAUAUCAACAAAUCGCGCGAGGUUUCACCAAGCCGGCCUAUUAUCGCCACGCUGCACUACAACCGGACGGAUUCCGGCACCGGUGGUCACCUGCUAACGGCUCCAACGUUGAGCUACGUCAGCAUGAACAACACCAUCAACAACAACUACAGCAGCAGCACGGCAGGGAUCGGUGGCAACCGAAUGUUUAAGAUGAACACCGCCGGGAUGGUCCACGGGGGAGCUCUCAACGGUAACACGUGUGGAAGGAUGCGUGGAAUGAAUGGGACCCUUCCGGCGCAGGUUGGUGGAGCCGACAUGACGGAUAAUGCCGCUGCAAUGGGUCUGUUCAACGGGAACGGUGCCUACACCGGGGGAAUCCGCACCAAAGUGAUCUCCUCACAGUCACAAAUCAGCAGCCACACGCGGGAUGACGUGCAAGCUCAGCUGAUGACACCGAAGAAAAGCUUCAUACAACAACGCGUCGAGAAGCUGUACGGAGCGAGCGAGGUGGUGGUACUCAACAAGCAGAACUACAGCAGCAGCGAGCGGAAGUACCUUAACAACAUUGCCAACAAUGAAACCAGUGGCUCGUGUGGCGGAACUCCAUCGAAGAUGGUUCACCACAGCAGUAUGGCGGGACAGCAGCAAUCGAUUGGGAACGGAACCACCCGGAAUGGUGUCGCCAACGGACACACGGUGAACGGAACGAAUGGUGCGUCGUUCGGGGCUGUCGACGAAAACAACAAGCAAAUUAAUGGGGAAAGACACGAGGGAGAUGGUGAUGAUCCGGACGUUGAAUCGCUGCCAGUGUUGCGACACCUGCGGCCGGAAUUCCGCGCUCAGUUGCAAAUAUUCUCACCGAAAAAAGUGCCCAAAUCUUCAUCGAAUCGUUCCUCGUUUGUGGCCCCGGGUGCGAUCAAUGGCAACGGGGAGACGACGCACAUCAACGGUAGCGCAUCAACCGGGACGGAUCACUGUAACGGUGGGGAAGAAAAUGCCAACCUACGCGGGGUGUCGAAGCGUCACUCGCAGGUAAAUGGCAACAGCUACACGGAACACUUCGAGCAGCAGAUACUGAACGGUGGAGGUGGUUCUGAUCGGAUUGGUUUUUCGCUAAAGAACGGUCGAACCAGCGCCAAUGUUACACUGACAACGAGCAACGGCAGUACCGCCGACGAGCAUCACGUCCACGAGGAGCAGGUUGCUCCGACGACAACCAGUCGUAACCAUAGCAACGCCGGCGUGCAUACUGUGACGAUGCAAAGCAACAACGUCAGCAGCAGCAGCGUGGUCGAGCAGCAGGAACAGUAUCGGCACGAAACGUCGCACAGUUAUCACCAUUCUAGUAGCAGCGCGUCGUCGUCGUCUUCAGUGAUAGUGGAGCAGAAGAUACGCUCGAUGGUAGUGGUAUCGUCGACUACGGCCGAUGACGGUGUGGAACGAAUGUCGACUGCCACUGGCAGCGACAGCGCCAUCAUUGCCGCUGUCACACCGAACGUGGCGGACGUGCAAAUACCACCGAUAGCCACCGCGGCGAGUGUGAUCGAGAACGGCGAACAGACUGGUAGUCGCAAAGCCACCAGUAGUAAAGACGGACUCGAGACGGAACCAGCGAGUGCUGCCAACAAAGCUCACGUCGCGAACGGUAGUGGAAGUGAAAUUGUGAAUUGUGAUAGUCAGUCCGAGCUGGUGACCGCGGACGUAAUGCGCACACCAAACGGUAGUAGUACGGUGGUUCUGGAUAGUGGUGCGACUGCUGUCGUCACGAUGCCGACGACGAUGGCCGUUUUCGGGCAUCGGGAUUCAAAGGAAAGCAGCCGUGAUAUGGCAGAACCAACGCCCGUCAUCGAAGUAACCACGAAUGGCACCACCAGCACUAGCGACAGUAACAGCAACAACAACAAUAACGUGCUCGAUGGAAAUUAUUUCCUUCGGAUCAUGAAAACUGAGCAACACCGGCUAGAAGCAAUGGCUGACGAAGUUGAGAAAGAAAUUCAACUGAUAAAGGCCGACGGUGUUGAGCUGAGCGAGGACAUGAACGGAUACAUCCUGGCCGCCGUAGGCAAAGCGCGCUUGCUCUGCUCGCAGAAAAUGAAACAGUUUGAAGAUUUAUGUUACACUAACUUGAACCAAUCGCCAGACGAAAAGUUCCAAACGACCGGAGAAGAUCUGAGAGGAUUCUGGGACAUGGUGAUGCUGCAGGUAAACAAGGUCGAUGCCAGCUUCGAGGAAAUUGAUUCGUUCCGGAAAAAUGGUUGGCGGAAACCUACCCCAAAGAGUCCGACGCCAGCGCAAACCCGCAAUGGUACUGCACCGCGUACAAAGUUGGUGAAACGUCCCUACAAAACACCGGCGAGCGUGGCGAACGGUGGUGGUUCCUCCGUAACAGACGGUAGCAAUGGCGUCGAGACGAAAAAAGCGUCUGCCGCCCUGGCGGCUGCCAAACGGGAAGCCCAGCGGAAGCAGCUGAUGGAAAUGAAACGCAAGCAGAAGCUGGCCCACAGCCAGCAGCAGCAGGCGGUAGAAAUAUUUGCUCCGGCGAGCGAACUGCCGGUGCAUAACGGUGAUGACAAGAAUCCUCCGGCAGUGGCCGGCUCGACACUGGUGGAUUUGAGUUGAUCUCUUUCGCCAGUGGCAAUGCGCUAAAGCCUUUUCCAAUUACCAAUUCCGAUAGUAGCUGAGACCUGAAGGACUGGGGCACGGUAGAGAAGCAGAUCACCGUAUCUGGCCAGUACGUGAUGGCAGAAUUGGCCAGGCGUGCAAGGAAAAGCUAACGCUAACGCAACUCGAUUCGAGCACGCAGAAAAAAAAACGCUCCGUGAGCAAAAUUCGGCUGCUUCAGCAGACCAGUAUGUUUGUAAAUUAGUACACACACAGGACUGAUCGAUUAUUUUACAUUCUUUGUUAAGUUUCGCGAAUAAUUUGCGGGACGUUGGAAGCACAGAACGCAGUAACAUUCGAAAGUUGUGAGCAUAUCUGCUAUUUUUUAAACCACAAAGCUUAAACCACAACUGAUAUCAGACGUACAUACCACCAGCACCUUCAUCACCAUCAUUCAUUGUUCACGAACGUGAGCUCCUUCAUCACUAAUGAAAAUUCAAAAUGUGCUGCGUGUACCGUAGCCUUCAACCAAUUUCAUUAUCCUCGAUAGUAAGACGAAUUGUCUUUACCACCAGCAGUAGCGCAGGACAGGAUUACAGAGAAAACGUACACAAAUUGUGAUUGUUUUAUACAUUUUACGGUCGAAUAUUAUAACUAUAUUAUUGUCCCAUUUUAUUGUAAGUACCCGUUUUACUUGUAUAAUGAUGCGAUUUGGUUUUUAAAACAUUCGAACGAAUUCAUUGGCUUUCGGACUUAGAUGACUGGGCGAAUUGUAAACAGACAUGGGAGGAAACCUCACGGGAGGAACGACUAAAGCGUACGAAUUAAAGUAAAUCUGUUCCAUCUCGCAUAACGCAGUUCAGAAUAAACGAGAAAGACGACAUAGAUAAAAUACAUCGUUUUCUAGCUAGAAAAUGGUUCUCAGGAGAAAGGAAUGACUUAGUUUGAAUAACACAUACACAUCCACUCACACUCGUAAAGACAAACUUACCUGGCUCCUUUAGUGGUUUAGACGUAUUACUCUUAGGUACCUAUUCCUUUUUACGAGCACGUGCUAACUAUUAAUUUUUAUCGCGACCCGUUCUAUUAACGAAUCAUUAUAAACUAUUGUACAUGCGGACGAAAGAAAAAUCGAAAUGUAAGAUGAGAAGAAUCUCUAUUUAUUAACAAAUGAUUAUCGAAAAUCAUUUAUCUAUUACUAUUACCGCUUUUACACUACUACUCAGAUGUGUCCGUUGCUUACUCUUUAUUAUAAGGGGAGAAAGACAAAGAAAAACCUAAACGCAUCAGUUAAGUUGUGCAUUUUUAAUUGGGCUACGAAAAUUUAAAGUCGUGCAUCAUUCAGACACGUUUUCGAAAAUUCGCUUAUGGGUGUUAUGGGAAAAAACGUAGGGUUUUGACUAUUAAGAUGAUCCCUUAUGAGUUUGGGUGUCUGUUCAUAGUUUUCGCUACUAUACCGUACCGAGCUUGAAUUUGCCUUUUCUUUGCGAUGUAACUGUUGAUAGCAUUGAAAGUAGUGUGUUUCCUUUGCGUUGCGAUAUUUGUUUCACUUUACUUCUAUAAUGAUGACGCUCCAGCACCUUACUUCGUGUCUCUGAUACUUUGAUAUGCAAACGGUGAUAGCAUACAAGGGAGAGGAAGUGGAACCCAAACAGAUCAUUGGAACACUCAAGGAAACGUAAAUAGAAAUACUGAUAUGAGACAAAAACUAGUUCAGAGACAGACAAAAUUAGCGAAAAUUUAUCCACUGAGCGAGUGCCUUAUCGAUAUCGUUCUCGAAGGAAGAAGUUGAUGCGCAUAUGAGUACAAAAAAAAACAAUAAAUUAGUUUUUUCAGUUGUUCUUCCUUUGCGACUGUAUGUUUUUCAGUUGUUUGGUUAUCACUUAGCAAAAUGAAACUAAUUGUUUUAGUAUUUUUUCGAUUUCGGAUAUGUUAUCUGUCGCAUUUUCCUAUGUUCCUUCUAUUAGUUCGAAAUAAGCUUGGAAUUAAAUGGAUAGGUUCAAUGUUGGAACGAACGUUAAUCACUAUGCUCCAUGACAAAUGAUAGACAUAUAUUGCGUCACGAACAAGAGCGGAACUAGCAAAACGAAUCUAUUUUGACGCAGCUCAAAUGGUUUUACGUAAGCAGACAAAAUAGAAGCGAAACCAUUACAUUAUGCUAUUUAUCGUGUGUGGUUUACUAGCAUAAAACGGGCGGUUUGCGUUUAUCUCGGUUAGCAGAAGCAGAACCGAUGGACAACGAGAUAACACAGUUUAGAAUAUAAUUCAAAAUGAAAUCGGAAGCGAUGUUUAACAGUGGCGCUUCUUUGCGAUUUAUUUUUCAUAUUCGAGCGAUUUUUGCACAUUUUACAGUAUUUGCUAAAUUUCGAACGUUGCGAAAGGUGGCGGGGAGAGAGCACCGAAGGGCGUAGAAACAGGAUACGCACGUUGAUAUGGGGAAAUGAAAACAAAACCACCAACAAAACGAACACAAAUCAAAACCAGUACAUUCACCGACACUUGAAAUACACGAUUUUUAUAACGUAAGAAACGCUCUCCUCUAUGCUGAUGCAUAAGAUUAGCCAGCAGGACGAGCAGCAGCUUUCUAGCUGAGCUUUCAAAAAGGGUGCUCUUGACGCUAAAAAAACAGAGGAAACGAAACUAAAUGAAACUGAUAAAUCAUGCCGAUUCCUUCUUGCUUAUGUGUAGAUGUCAGCAUACUAUAUGGCGAUAAGAAAGCGUUGCCGAAUUGGAUGGAAUAAAUCGUACAUUAAACCGUACAC